AUGAGUUACAAGGCAGAAUACAUCUGGAUUGACGGGCAACAGCCCACGGCCAAGCUGCGUUCCAAGGGCAAGAUCGUUCCGGACGGGGAAUAUCCCCCGGUCUGGGGUUUUGAUGGCUCCAGCACCAACCAGGCCCCCGGCGAGAAUUCGGACUGCGUACUCAACCCGGUCCUGAUGGUCCCGGACCCGGUGCGGGGCGGUGACAACAAGCUGGUGAUGUGCGAAGUGCUGCUCACAGACAUGACGCCGCAUCCGUCCAACACCCGUGCUGGCUGUGCCGCGGCGGCGCAACAGUACGCGAACAUGGACUGGUGGUUCGGAAUCGAGCAGGAGUACACCUUCUUUGACGGCAUCAAGCCAUUGGGAUGGCCGGACAACGGUUUCCCUGCGCCCCAGGGCGGCUACUAUUGCGGCGUAGGUUCCGACGAGGUUUUCGGCAGGCCCGUGGUGGAGAAGCACAUGGACGCCUGCCUGGAGGCCGGCUUGGCAAUCGCCGGCAUUAACGGUGAGGUUAUGCCGGCACAGUGGGAGUUCCAGAUUGGUCCGAUUGGCGCGCCUGCCGUCGGCGACCACCUGUGGCUGGCCCGCUGGCUGCUCUACCGCAUCGGAGAGGAUGUGGAGACCGUCGACGGACGCAACCCCAAGCCUGUCAAGGGCGACUGGAAUGGUGCCGGGGCCCACACCAACUUCUCCACCAACAAAAUGCGGGAGGAGUACGACGCCUGCGUAGCAGCGGCGGAGGCCCUGAAGGGGCGCCACGACUUGCACAUUUCCAACUACGGUCACCGGAUUGAAGAGCGAUUGACCGGCCAGCACGAAACCUGUUCCUACCGGGAGUUCCGUUACGGCGUUUCCGACCGGGGCGCAUCGGUUCGGAUCCCCUGGCAGGUAGCCCGGGACAGAAAGGGCUACAUUGAAGACCGGCGGCCCAACGCUAACUGCGACCCCUACACCGUGACGAGGUUGAUCAUCGAAACUGUGGGGGCAGCGGCUACUGCCUAG